AUGUCCUACGACUGAUCGCGUUUUUGCCAAUACUGGAGAGCGGCCUACUCUGCAGUACAAUGACACCCAAAUGGGUGAAACACCUAUAAAAGUGUAUUCACCAGCAAAUAUACCCAUAUUGCAAGUUAUUAACAAAACGCUGACGUUUGAGAAUCCAUGUGAAAAUUGCACUUCAGCUGAAUUAAAUUUUUCUACCGGAUUUCUUGCAAUAACUCUUUAUCCUCUGGCGAAUGGCGACGAGGGCACCUUCCAAUUUCGAACUGAGCAAAUAGUUCUACACUGUGUAACUGUGUAUUUAUAUGGUAAACCUUCGAAACCAACGAUCAAAGUAAACAAUGCUAAUAAGGCACUAUUGGAAUGCGACACUUUGCCUGUGAUUUUGUCAUGCUCUUCUUGGUCUACAACCGCUCCAAGCGGACAUGGUCUGCAGAUGUUGUAUACAUGGCUACAGAACGAAGACGUCAUAACUACAGGAGGUAGAUUUGAACUGGCUUCCAUAUCUUCAAACACGCUUACGAUCUCGGAAGUUUACAGCAAUGACACUACUCACCCGUUUACAUGCGUAGCUACUGAGCAAGGUGCAAAUCUUUCGGAUUACAGCAAUGGAUAUUCCUUACAAAUAAACUGUGAAUGUCCGACAAUAGAGCGAGCCUUUAUUCGGAGAGGAGAGCAAACCGUGCUUAACUUUACAACCAGCACAGUUGAGGACAGAACAAUAUCCGUGUAUACACCUAGAAAUGGGCUAAUCUUCCAAGUCAAUUAUGCGAGUUCGAAAUUCUACGGACCACCGUGGUUUAGAAAUUGUACAGAAGCUCCAACAACCAAUUUUACUACCGGAGUUCUUGACCUUUUACUGUACCCUGUGACUUAUGGUUUCGAAGGAACCUAUAAAUACAUAACCGAUAAAACUGUCCUCCAUUGCAUCUCCGUUCAUUUGUACGGUGAACCUACGAAACCAUCCAUACAAAUACAUCCCAGCAUGGUGCUUGAAGGAGGGACCGUAACAUUAUCUUGCAAUAGCUUUUCAACAACCAUACCGUCUGGUCAGAAUCUUAAAAUCGUAUAUUCUUGGAAAAUAAAUGACAAUAAAAUAAGCCCAUUCGACAGAUUUUCUUUGAGCAUCGACACAUUCAACAAGCUUACUAUUUCAAACGUUCAGAAAAGGGAUAUGACAUACAGCUUUUCGUGUAUCGCAACUGAGGAUGGUGGCGAUUCGUCUGUUGAAAGCAACAGCUAUGCCAUAGAAGUACAAGAGAUACAAGAGCCAUACGUUACAGUAAUGCCCAGUUGUCCAGAUUCAAGUUUGGGCAGCUGCCUGGCUAAAGCAGAGGGCAUCGGUGCGAUUGUUGGGGCUUUUAUUUCGGGUGGUCUCAUAGCAUUGAUUAUCGUCUACGUCGGUAAAAGAAAUGGACUCUGCUGUUUUAAUAUCGCAUCACCAACCAAAAUUUCCGAUGGUUUAAUCAACCCUGGUAAUGAACCAAACUUUGCCAAUGGCGCCGAAAGAGCUACCAGGACCAAUUUUCCGCCUGUUUCCGAGGAUAUGUAUUUUGACAUUCAGCAAAUUUCUAGAGGCAGCUCUAAUGAUAAUCAUUCACAAUCUCCUACGCAUUAUGACUGUUUGGAUUUUGACCAAAGGUAA